AUGCCAUAUGUAGGUAAGCAUGUGAGUCUUUGUAUUUUUUAUAUUUUUUAAACUGAAUCGAGCUCAAUCCACAUAGUUCGACUGGAAAGUUUUCGUACUCAACGGAAAAAAGUGCUCCUUUUUUUCAGCUUGAAACUAUUCGAGCAGAACAGUUCUUAGGUUCGAUACCAAGGGAGAACUGACAGGGCUAUCAGAAUUGAUCGCAGCUGAUUUAGCUUACUUUAAUUUCAGUCAAAUACAAGGCAGUGUUUAUACUAGAUAAUUCUGUUAAGACUGGCAGCUAUGACAUGAGCUACGCGCUGACAUUAGUUAUCGAGGUGAACGGCAAUUUGCUGCAGGUAACCGUGAUGAAAGGAACAAGAACGAAAACUGUGUACGACAGUAGUUUAGGGGGCUACCAUACUGGGUAA